AUGGUCGCAACUACAACUACUUCCCCAAUUACAGCAGCAACUACCCCAACUACAACAAAAACUACCCCAUCAACCACUAACCCAACAACCACAAAAACAACCACAACCCCAACUACAACAACCACUACCCCAAUGACAACAACUACUGCCCCAACUACAACAACCACUGCUGCAACUACAAGCACUGCCCCAACAACAACUACUGCCCCAACUACAGCAACCAUUCCCCCAACUACAGCAACCACUGCACCAACUACAGCAACCACUGCCCCAGCGGUUGCUUCCACAACCACAACUACUACUGCCACCACAUCUACAACAACCUCGACACAGGCAGCUACAACGACCACUGCCAGUGAUGCCUGUUGUGUCAGAAUGGGAAUGCUGCACCUGCUGAUUGGACUCCUCAUCUUCAUCCUGUUUUAGAUUUCAGAACAAAAAUGGAUGAACCUUUGAAUCCACUUGAAGGACUCUGAGAGAACCUUCUCUGGUCUUUGGUGUACUUGCUGCCAUCUUUGAUUGGUAGUCACACAGAUUAUAAAAUACAUAUUUAGUCAAAAGGUGAUAGGGACUGGGUGAAGUUAAAGUGAGCUUAGUCAGCACCAAUGAUAGACACACGAUCACAAAACUUUAAAUUAACUUUUGUUCAAUUUAUUUAUAUAUAUAUUUAUUACUUUUAAUUUAUGUUAAACAGAAAUAGUUCCACGGAUAAACUACUGGGGAUUCACUUAGUUGUUGUCCGAUUAACUAUUUAAAUUAUUUAAAAGAUUUAUUUCAUGUUUCUUCAUUUCCAUUAUUUAAUAUUAUUAUAAACUCAUAUAUUGAUCUCAAUGGUGCGAGAUUCUAAUCAACUCAAAUACCAUUGUUUCUUUUAAUUCUCUCAAUAAUUUAUUUAUAAAUGUAUUGCUUUUCUUCAGACUUUACUCAUGUUAAAAUGUAGAAAAAUACUUGUUUUGAUUAUUCUUUUGUA